UUGAAACGAUCUCCGCAAUUGCAACAAUUGCGCCGCCAUUUUGGCUCUCUUAUCCUAAAAGGAAAUGGAUUGCAUUUCCAGGGAUCCAAAUUCUAGAGGUUAUUGGAGUGCAGAUCUUUCAUUCUUGGACCAACAAUGGUUUCAGCGAAAAACAUCGAUCCAAAGCUAGGGUACCUGACUCGAAAGGACACUGAGGUGAAGCUGUCGCGGCCGACUCGGGUCAAGAAUAAAAAUCCGGCGCCGAUUCAGAUCACUGCCGAACAGAUCCUCCGCGAGGCCCGGGAGCUCCAGAAGGCGGAGAAGAUCCGUCCGCCAAAGCAGAAGAUCACCGACGCCAACGAGCUCGCCGAGUACUGCCUUCUUAAGCGCAAGGAAUUCGAGGAUCGCGUCCGCCAGGUCCGAUGGAACACCAGCGUCUGGAUAAAGUACGCGCAGUGGGAGGAGUCGCAGAAAAAGUUCAACCUCGCGCGCGACGUGUGGGAGCGAGCGCUCGAGGUCGACGAUCGGAACCACACGCUGUGGCUCAAGUACGCCGAGAUGGAGAUGAAGAACAAGUUCAUCGACGACGCGCGCAACGUCUGGGACCGCGCGCUAUAUCACCUGCCGAGAGUGGACCAACUCUGGUACAAGUACAUCCACAUGGAGGAGAUGCUCGGCAACGUCGCUGGCGCCAGGAAGGUGUUCGAGCGCUGGAUGCAAUGGAUGCCGGACCAACAGUGCUGGCGAGCGUACAUCAAUUUCGAGCUCCGCUACAACGAGAUCGAGCGUGGUAGGCAGCUUUUCGAGAGGUUCGUUCAGUCCCACCCGAAGGUCGGCGUGUGGCUCUCGUAUGCCAAGUUCGAGAUGAAGGAGGACGAGGUUGCUAGGGCGAGGAAUGUGUACGAGAGAGCGGUGGAGAAGCUCGCCGACGAUGAGGAGGCCGAGCAGUUAUUCGUCACCUUCGCCGAGUUUGAGGAGUGGUGCAAAGAGACUGAGCGCGCGAGGUGUAUCUACAAGUUCGCCUUCAAGCAUAUACCGAAAGGGAGUGCGGGGAGGAGGAGAUUGCAAUAUGAGGACUUCGAUCAUACACCGAGAGGGACAGCCGAGGAUUUGUCCAUUGUGGGGAAGAGGAGGUUUCAAUAUGAGGACGAGGUGAGUAAGAAUCCACUGAAUUAUGAUUCGUGGUUUGAUUACAUUCGGUUGGAAGAGAGUGUUGGAAAUAAGGACAGGGUUAGGAAGGUUUAUGAGAGAGCCAUUGCUAAUUCUCCUCCGUCUGACGAAAAGCAGUAUUGGCAGCGGUAUAUUUACUUGUGGAUUAAUUAUGCGCUAUAUGAAGAACUUGGCGCCGGAGACGUGGAGCAAACGAGAAAAGUGUAUCGUGGGUGUCUUAAUCUGAUUCCUCACAAUAAAUUCUCUUUUGCUAAAAUAUGGAUUUUAGCUGCCCAGUUUGAGAUUCGGCAGCUGAAUCUCAAGGCUGCACUACAUAUUCUAGGAAAUGCAAUUGGCAAAGCUCCUAAAGAUAAGAUUUUCAAGAACUAUAUCAAGAUAGAGCUGCAGCUUGGAAAUUUAGAUCGCUGCAGGAAACUAUAUGAGAGGUAUCUAGAGUGGUCACCUGAGAAUUGCUAUGCAUGGUGCAAGUACGCAGAGUUGGAGAGAUCUUUGUGUGAGACUAAACGAGCUAGGGCUAUUUUUAACCUUGGAAUUGCCCAACCAGCUCUGAAUAUGCCAGAGUUGUUGUGGAAGACAUAUAUUGACUUUGAAAUAUCGGAGGGUGAGUUUAAAAGGACCAGAGAACUCUAUGAGAGACUUCUGGACAGAACUAAGCACCUGAAGGUGUGGAUAAGCUAUGCCAAGUUUGAGGCAUCUGCUAUGAAGGAGGAUGGUGGAGGUUUGGAUUUGGCAGAAGAAAAUCUCCGAGAACAAAAGAAGCACUGCAUUCAGCGCGCAAGAAGGGUUUUCGAGAAAGCUAUCAACUAUUUUAGGACUUCUGCACCUGAACUGAAAGAAGAAAGGGCAAUGCUCUUGGAAGAAUGGUUGAACAUGGAGAGUAGCUUUGGCAAGCUAGGAGAGGUUAGUUUAGUCCAGAGUAAGCUGCCAAAAAAGCUGAAAAAGAGAAGGCAGAUAGUAGCUGAGGGUGGUCCUGCUGGAUAUGAGGAGUAUAUUGACUAUCUCUUCCCAGAAGAAACACAGGCAACGCAUCUCAAGAUAUUGGAAGCAGCCUACAAGUGGAAGAAGCAAAAGAUCUCUGCUGAUGAAGACUAGCACGGGCACACAGCAUGGAAUGGAUAUUUAUACUGCAGGCCUUCUGCCCUUGGUUUUGGUUCCUUCCACUAGCCGAAGGUAACAUGGAAUCAAUAAAUAGUUUAAAGGAUCAAAGCUCUUUAGCAUUAUUCACUGGCCAUAUGACAUGGGCUUGAGUUUGCUUUGGUCGAGGCAGACUAUAGUCAGUAUGGAAAUGGUGGAAAGAAUGGGCUGUUCCAUAGAUCAUAUAGAAGUGUUAUUUUCCAUCUUCAUAUCAAAUUUAUUAUUGGAUCUGUAGGACUCACAUGUGGGUUCUACAUAUCCAACAAUGAAUUGGAUGAAUGGCAGGUUUUUAGAUCAUAUUGUGAACUUGGGCCGCUGAAGGGGGCAUAUUCAACUGGCUGAGGGAGUUGAGCUUCUUCCAUUGUUUUUGGCCCAAUUAGAGGCCUAGUGGACCUCUCAGCAAAUAGUCUCUCACGAAAUGGCCACAAUUAGUAAGUUUUCUUUUCCAUGGACCAAUAGUACUCUCAUUCUCUGUAAAAUGUUGAAACAUUUGGGGCACCAUUCACUCACCAAUUGUGAGAAAAGAAUUAAAAAUUAAAAAUCUCUUACAUUU